UGAUUUUCUUCAGUUUAGUCAGCGAGAAGACGCGAAUAUAGUAGUAUCGAAUGUGCGAAAACGAAAAGUGCGGCAGUGGACUAACUGUUUAAUUUGAUAGAAGAAAUAAGUUUUUGAAAUUGUGUAACUCUAAGAACGAAAAUGCAAACGGCACUAUUAGUGAGCAUAGUGCUAGUGAACGUGUGCAACAUUCUAGGUACGCAAAGAACUGUUUACAAGGCAGGUGAUGAGUUGGUGGAAAUUACUCGAACCAAAGUAACGAACCCAUAUUCACCGCUCUAUUCCUAUUAUGCGUACAGUAGUGCACCACAGUAUGGUAAUGACCGAUCUGAUGUGGUUUACUAUACCUACCCAAACGAAGUGACUACCACGCAGAACGCCAAUCGGCGCGUACUAUCGGGAGAACCAUCUCAAGCUCAAGGAUGUGCACGAAAUCCAUGCGGUUCGGGUGCAAUGUGCCAGGAAACCACUGGUGGAAGACCUGUGUGCUCGUGCCCUGCAGGAUACAGUGGAAAUCCGUUAUCGCUUUGUAGAAGAUCUGAAUGUUUGGAUCAUACCGAAUGCAGAGGAGAUCAAGCCUGUCGAAAUGGAAAUUGCGUUAAUCCCUGCUCAGGAGUGUGCGGUGUUAAUGCAAAUUGUGAUGUCAGGAAUCACGUUCCAGUGUGUAGUUGUCCAAGGAAUAUGGCUGGAGAUCCGUUCGUGAGUUGCCGUCUAAGAGAUCCAGAGGAACAGUGCCGCCCUAGCCCAUGUGGUUCAAAUACCAAAUGUGAAGUAAUAAACAGUGUACCAACUUGCUCUUGCUUACCAGGGUAUAUUGGAUCACCAUUGAGUGGUUGCCGUCAUGAGUGUGAAAGUGACGCAGAAUGUGGCGCACAGGAGUUUUGUUCACAAUUCAAAUGCACUAGUGCCUGCUCACAAUGUGGAAAAGGUGCCACUUGCGCACGGGUCACAAAUCACCGAUCAGUUUGUGAAUGUCCUAAAGGGUACAUCGGGAGUCCGUACACUGAGUGUCGAGCCGAAUGCUACGGGGAUCGUGACUGCCCUGCAGGUAGACCAGCUUGUAUCUACGGAAUAUGUAAGAAUCCAUGUGAUGGAUCAUGCGGCGUAAAUGCGGACUGUAACCUUCGUGGACUCACACCUGUAUGCAGUUGCCCACGAGAUAUGACGGGCGAUCCAUUCGUAAGCUGUCGUCCAUUCACAAAGGAGGACUUGUGCAUUCCAAACCCAUGUGGUACAAAUGCGGUAUGCACUCCUGGUUACGAUCGCACCAAUCGUGAAAGACCUGUUUGUACUUGUCCCCCAGGAUAUACGGGAAAUGCCCUCUCUAGUUGUGUCAGGGGCGAAUGUCAAAGCGACAGUGAGUGUGCUGAUCACAAGGCAUGUAUUAACUACCAAUGCGUUGAUCCCUGCCGUGGACAAUGUGGAACAGGUGCCCAAUGCCAGGCUAAGCGACAUUUGGCUGUUUGUACAUGCCCAGCGGGCACUGACGGAGAUGCAUUGGUGUCCUGCAGCGCUAAGAGGAGCUACCCAGUAGCACGUUACCACUGAAAGUACAGCGUGAUGUUCUGUAUUGCUAAAUUCAGAAAGACUAACAUUUCUGCUGAAAGAUUUACGAAUUUAAUGAACUUACAUUUUUAACAAUAAAAUGUACUUGUGGAGUGUUGUU